GGUGGCCGGGCUCCCGCCACCCCCGUGGGCCGAGACCACCUGGAUUUACCACGACGGCGAGGACACCAAGAUGAUCGUAGGCGAAGAGAAGAAAUUCCUGCUGCCCUUCUGGCUGCAGGUGAUCUUCAUUUCGCUGCUGCUGUGCCUGUCGGGCAUGUUCAGUGGCCUCAACCUGGGGCUCAUGGCCCUGGACCCGAUGGAGCUGCGCAUCGUGCAGAACUGCGGCACGGAGAAGGAGAAGAAUUACGCCAAGCGCAUCGAGCCGGUGCGCAGGCAGGGCAACUACCUGCUGUGCUCACUGCUGCUGGGCAACGUGCUGGUCAACACCACGCUCACCAUCCUGCUCGACGACAUCGCCGGCUCGGGCCUUGUGGCCGUGGUGGUCUCCACCAUCGGCAUCGUCAUCUUCGGGGAGAUAGUGCCCCAGGCCAUCUGCUCCCGCCACGGCCUGGCUGUGGGGGCCAACACCAUCUUCCUCACCAAGUUUUUCAUGAUGAUGACCUUCCCCGCUUCCUACCCGGUCAGCAAGCUGCUGGACUGCGUCCUAGGCCAGGAGAUAGGCACCGUCUAUAACCGGGAAAAACUGCUGGAGAUGCUCCGGGUCACCGACCCCUACAACGACCUCGUUAAGGAGGAACUGAACAUCAUCCAAGGGGCGCUGGAGCUCCGCACCAAGACGGUGGAGGACGUGAUGACUCCACUCCGGGACUGCUUCAUGAUCACUGGCGAAGCCAUCCUGGACUUCAACACCAUGUCUGAGAUCAUGGAGAGCGGCUACACCCGCAUUCCAGUGUUUGAAGGGGAGCGCUCCAAUAUCGUGGACCUGCUGUUCGUCAAAGACUUGGCCUUCGUGGAUCCAGAUGACUGUACUCCCCUGAAAACCAUCACCAAAUUUUAUAACCACCCCUUGCACUUUGUUUUCAAUGACACCAAGUUGGACGCUAUGCUGGAAGAAUUUAAGAAAGGUAAAUCCCACCUGGCUAUCGUGCAGCGGGUAAACAAUGAGGGAGAAGGAGAUCCGUUUUAUGAAGUUCUGGGAAUUGUCACCUUAGAAGAUGUGAUUGAAGAAAUCAUCAAAUCUGAGAUUCUAGAUGAAACAGAUUUAUACACUGACAACAGAACAAAAAAGAAAGUAGCUCACCGGGAACGAAAGCAAGAUUUUUCUGCCUUUAAGCAGACAGACAGCGAGAUGAAGGUUAAAAUAUCACCACAGCUCCUCCUGGCCAUGCACCGUUUCCUAGCAACAGAAGUAGAAGCAUUUAGCCCAUCCCAGAUGUCAGAGAAGAUCCUUCUAAGGCUGCUAAAGCAUCCCAAUGUCAUCCAGGAACUGAAGUAUGAUGAGAAGAACAAGAAAGCCCCUGAAUACUACCUCUACCAGCGCAACAAGCCAGUAGACUACUUCGUUCUCAUUCUGCAGGGGAAAGUGGAAGUGGAAGCUGGGAAAGAAGGUAUGAAGUUUGAAGCAAGCGCCUUCUCAUACUACGGCGUGAUGGCCCUGACAGCCUCUCCAGUUCCUUUGUCCCUGUCUCGUACCUUUGUUGUCAGCAGAACAGAGUUGUUAGCAGCAGGUUCUCCAGGUGAAAAUAAGUCCCCUCCUCGCCCAUGUGGCUUGAAUCACUCAGACUCCCUCAGUCGAAGCGACCGGAUUGACGCCGUCACACCAACACUGGGGAGCAGCAAUAACCAGCUCAAUUCUUCGCUCCUUCAAGUCUAUAUCCCCGAUUACUCGGUGCGAGCCCUUUCGGAUCUGCAGUUUGUUAAGAUCUCAAGACAGCAAUACCAAAAUGCCUUGAUGGCAUCCCGGAUGGACAAAACCCCUCAGUCUUCAGACAGUGAAAACACUAAAAUUGAAUUGACUCUUACGGAGCUGCAUGACGGGUUGCCAGACGAGACAGCCAACCUGCUCAACGAACAGAACUGUGUGACGCACAGUAAGGCCAACCACAGCCUGCACAACGAAGGCGCCAUCUAGGCCGCACUGGCUGCACCCGCCCAGGCCUGCACCCACCCACGCCCGAGGGCCCGGCCCCGUCUGCCCAUGACUUCACUGGUGUGAGCUUGUCCGCCAUGCUGCACCCUGCAACAUCCUGAGACCAAAGACCUUGUGCCCUUCCCAGGAGCCGCGGAGGAGGACGGUGAGGGGAGGAAUGGAAACUAGAAAUAUGAAGUUGGCGGCCGGGGCAUGGCGUUCAAGAUUUUGGAGAUGAACUGAUUCCGCCCAAAUAGAAUCAUGUUUAUUUUUUCAGCUCUCCCCUUCAUCGUUAUUCACGCUCUCUGCCCUCGAUUUGCAUGAAGUUGAAAAUUGUCGCGAUUUAUUUUUUCAAGAGAUCAUGUUUUUAAAGUGUCUUUUGCAGAGUUUUAAGUUGUUCUGUCUGAACUCUGCUGUGAUCCCAUGAUGUGACCCUAAUAGGCUGGACUUGCCCCUCCGGUAGCCUUCCUUGGCCCUCCCAGGGAGGAGCACCCUUCCUCUGUGCCCCAGUGGGCAUCACUGUCGAACUCGCUGGCUGAAUGAAGAAGACCGUGUUACUGCAGAACCUGCCAAGUGUGUCAUCACUGUGGGGUGUAGCCUGCCUCAGAGGGACCUGCAGUCGCCUCUCUGAGCUCAGUGGUAUUUUGAGAAGUUAAUGUUUAAUUGUACCCCUUUCCCUCAGGAAGAUUUAACAUUUGCUUGGGAAUGUGAUUUUGCUCCCACCCUAAGGAAUUUUUAUCACCAAAAUGAAUAUUAAUGAAUUUAAAACCCAUGGUUCAUCAUUGGCAAGAGGCAAGUUGACUUCAUCCUGUCAUUCCAGCCUGGGGUCUCCCAGCCAGCCCUCCUCCCUGACCCAGUGCCCAAGCUCACAGAGUGUCGCCGCCCACCUCCCUGGUCCUUGCUCUUGUUAACCCAAGAUGCUGCUACACAGAUGCCAAAUGGAAAUCUUCCACGGGGCUGUUCAGUAAACACGUGAUGUGGAGUGCAAGCUCCUCCCCUUCCCGCUAGGACAUACAUUAACAGAAAAGGAGUCGGACCUUCUAGCUGCACUCUACUGUGUGCUGGGAAGGCAUUUCUAGACCCAUGUUUUUAAAGGAGGGAACUUUGGGGAUUGCCAGCCCCUGCUCCUCCUCCCAGGGAGCCAACUGUCCCUCCUCCCCUGUCCCUGGGCCCAUGGGGCCCGGCAGAGUGGCUGUGUCCCCUGCCUGAGGGCCUCUGCCUCCUCCCUCAGAUGCGGCCCAUGCCAGAGAGGCUGCCUGUACAGCCAGGGUCAGUUUGGCCCCAAACAGGGAUUCAGAAACCAAAUGCGUGUUGUGGCCAUUUUA